GGCGUAUGCGGAGGAGCGUUUCCAUUGCCACGGUGAUGAAGAUAGAGAAGGCGGGAUCAGACUUACGUGCGCUGGUCCGGACGCCACGCGAGGCCUUAUCCCGGAGUGAGCGGCCACCCCGCGCUUCGCAAACCACGGACCGUGAUAUGGAUGAGUUACCGCAGCCUAUUCAAUCGCAUCCGAUUGAGGCAAAUGGCGAAGGCAGCGCGACUCGGCCUGAGUAGUACGGUCUUGUCC